UUAGUCAUACGCAAACGAGGGGAGGAGCCAUAGGGACCGUAUUAGAAGGGGAACGACGCAGGAAACAGCGUCUGAGAGAGAAAUGCACAGGACCCUUCGCACCUGUUCACUUCUGCCAUUGCAAAAGUGAACUUGAUCUUCAUGAGAAAAGAUGAUCCUCAGAAGCAUCCUCCUCCUUCUGUGGUGCGCUGAUGUUACCCAUGGCAACCUGGAUAAAGUUACGCUUUACAAAGAUCAGCCUUUGUUGCGGGCCGAGGUCUCCAGCACAGCUCAACUGCUGUGCUGUUAUAACGGGUCCGCGGUUAAGCACGUAUGGGUGGUUACUGUCACCGGGCGCGUGAACAACGGGACCAAUUACAACAGCACGACUCGCAAAGUGGAGAUCGACGAAGUUAGGCUGAGUCAGCCCGAAACAAACGUAACGCGUGAUGGGACACCGUGUCACAUGCUCGAGGUGAAAGAGGUGCACCCGAAUGACACUGGGCUCUACCGGUGCCUCCUCAGCGGCACCGGCCCGCAUACCCACACCUACACCCACGGAACCUACCUGCAGGUCUACAUGCGAACGUCCAAGAUUCUGAACAUCAGCGAGAGCGCCAAGAACAGGAUCAUCCUGACCGAGGCGAUCCUGCUCCUCCUGUGUGUGCUAGUGCCCGGAAUCCCGCUUUUGUUCAAGAAAAAGAAACUCAAUGAGCUGGAAAAGAAGAAGAACACGGAAGAGGAAGAGAACAUUUACGAGGGACUGAACCUGGACGACUUCACCUCCACCUACCACCAGAUCCAGCGCUCCCAGGUUUGCAGCCCCUACCAGGAUGUGGACAAUGUGCAAGGGGAAGACUUUCAGCUGGAGAAACCGUAAAGGAGGCGUGGAGAUGAGUGAUGGGAGAUGAGCAGUCAGUGCAUAGGAGGUGCACAGUCUAGUUUGGAGGGAGUGCAAGAGAGAUUUUGUAAGACUCCUCAGAGAGAAAGAUAAAUGAAUAUUUUACAAGUCUGCUUUGGUAAUUAUCUUUGGCAACAAGCCACUUUUCUGCUAAUUUCAUACAACUUUAAUGAACUAGUUUUGCUGCCUAAACCCCCUGCUGAGACUUCUGUUUGACAGAUGUAAUAUAAUAAUGACAAUUCAAUAAUUGCAUGAUGAUUUAGAAAUGCUGUGACUGUGAAUUUGAACCAAUAAAACCAUUUGAUUUAAGGGUGGAUUUCCAUCAACAAUGUU